AUGGGAGGUUGUCUAAGCCGACCGCAUGCCGAUGACUCCUUUCCCACAAAAACCAGCGGCCAACACAGCAACUACAGUGCACCAGAAAAGCCAUCUAUAAGAUUGGAUCAGGCAGGCGCAGAAGGCAAGGAGAUAUCGCACACCCCAGCGCAACGAUCCAAGUCACGCGAAGGAUCGGAACACGGAGGCAUUCGAGCAGCGCGAUCGCGAGACAACUCAGAGCACGGGUCCUCAAAAGUGAAGCCGGAGCAGCCAGUAGAUGGCGUGCACUUGACGGGCAAGAAAGAAAACCCCGAGUUCCUGCCCGGAUCGCGACCUGGCAGCAACGACUGGGACCGCAACAACCAGCCGUUGGAUCUUUCCGAGAUCACCGGCAGAAGCACGGCCGACGAUGAUGAUGUUUCGGCCAAGAAUGGCCUCAAGCAGAUGCUUCAGGAGGUGCGAUCCAGCGACAACGGCCGCGUCGCAGCGGUCGCAGGCGACGGGAGCAUGGGAAUGGGGUUCGGGCCGCGAGGUGGUAACCCGAUGUUCGCGCAGAUGAACAGUAGCACGCACGGCGUGGGAGCGGGGGGGAUGGCCGGGGCGACGUCGAUGCACGGCGGAGUGGCGGCGAUGGGCAGCUCGUCCAUGCACGCGGCCUUCAUGGCGUCCGGCUCCAUGCACGGCGGCGGCACGGGGCGAGCGUCUGCUGUCGCCAUGCGCGCCAUGCAGGCGGCGAAGCUGCGCGCGUCCAAGACGGCGCUGGAACGACACAACGUGCAGAUCGUAGGCACGGGCUCUGAACUCCUCGUGCUCUCCCACGGCUUCGGACAGAAUAAAAAUAUCUGGAGCAGCAUAGUGGGGCAGCUGGACACGAGUGUGUACCGCAUUGUGCUCUACGACCUCACAGGCGCGCUGGGCACGGAUUAUGACGCGUUUGACUACCAGCGCUACAGCACGCUGCAUGGCUUCGCAGAGGACCUGCUGCAGCUGCUGGCGGAGCUGGGCGUCGAGGGCACGGACUGGGGACACCAGUGCACGUUCAUAGGGCACCAGCAGAGCGGCAUGAUGGGGCUGCUGGCAUCCUUGGAGCGCCCGAGAGUGUUCAAGCGCAUCAUCAUCAUGGGCUCCUCGCCCAGGUUGCUGGAUGCUCCGGGCUAUGAGGGGGGCUUUGCUCUGAACGACCUGGACCAAGUGUUUGGCAUCAUGCAAGGCAACUUCAAGAUGUGGAGCAGAGGGUGUGCGCCUGUGCUCACAGCCGACGACGUGAAGGCGCCUCACGUGCGCGACUUCACCCGCCCGCUCUUCCUACUGCGUCCUGACAUUGGCUUCAGCAACCUCAAAACCGCGUUUGCGUGUGACGUGCGAGACAUCCUGCCAAGGGUGUCAGUGCAAAUUCAUCUUCUCUUUUUCGACAAGGACUCAACUGUGCCCCAGUCAGUAAUACAGUACAUGCUCACCACCAUCCCCAACGCCUUUGCCGAAAUCCUCUCUACAACCGGCUUCGCUGAUUCGCCUUCAACCGUUGCCGCGGGCAUUCAACGGCAUCUCAGCAUGCCUAUCCGAGAAACGUUUGGGCUGUCUAGUCGGCGGAUUUUCAAUGCCCGGUAUCUACCACCGCCCAUGCCUGAAAUGGAGGAGGAUGCGCAGGAGAUGGAGUUGUUUAGUGGAAAUCCAUGUGCUCACCUUGAUAUGGCGACGGCAGCGUCGAAGGAGCAACAGCAGAAGACCAUCAAUGUGCUCACUGCCGCGGCUCCGCUACAGAACUAUGAGUUCGACUUCGGCAUCGGGGGAGCGCCGGGCAAGGCAGCGGGGGCCAGCCUCAAGGACCAGCGCAGCGGCUUCUCCCUUGCCUCCGUAUCCAAGGGAGGGGACUUAGCCUCCAUGCUCCUCGGCUCCUCCUCUUCCGCUUCACCAGCCACCGCUGCCCCCAAAGCCCCCGCCUACUCAGGUCCCCCCACAGUGGCGCUCUCCCCCACCUUCACCCCCGCGCCACCCCCGUGGCUGCUCACCCCUUCCGCCCCCGCACCCGCGCCGUCCGUCACUGGCGUUUACUCCGUCACCAUCCCGCCGCCCGUCUCCAUCCAAGCCUCUUUCAAAGAAGCGCCUCCCACUGGCGUCCCUGCUGCCGCCGCCGCCGCUGCUGCUGCUGGCACAGCGGGAGCAGCUGUAGGGCCAGGGGCGCUGGGCCUGGCUGGAGUGGGGACAGCAGGGGCGGGGGGGAAGGGGGCGGCUGGGGGAGGCGGGAUGGGCGGGCUGGCUGCCACGUGGACAGCCUCCCCCUUGGGAUCCACGAGCAGCAAGAAGCCAGACGCCCUCUCUGACCUCUGGAGCACCGUCGCAUCCGGCGCUGCUGCUGGCGCUGCCACUGCUACUGGCAGCGGCGGUGGUGCUGGCAGUGGUGGCAGCAGUGGUGGCACAAGUGGUGCUGCGUCAGGAGUGUCGUUGGGUAACGGGGUAGCAGACAGAACUGCAUCGUCAUCAUCGGCAGCAGCAGGAACAACAACAGCAGCCCCAGCAGCAGCAGCAGCAGCAGCCACAGCAGCAGCAGUGCCGAUAGUAGACCCAUUUGGAGACGUGUUUGCAUCGGUUCCCAUGGCCCCUGCACCCUCUGCCGCCCCAGCUGCUGCAGCAGCAGCAGCCGGUGGGGACCUGUUGGGGGGAGACCUGCUUUCAGACUUGGGUUCAGCUGUGCCUGAUGCCGGUUCAGCCUCUGCUGCUGCCGCUGCUAGUCCAAUGGAUCCUGUGGGAGGGCUGCUGUAA